CACGACAUUACUCUCUUGUCUCGUAACGCGGUGUGACGUUCCACUCGUUUUUGGGCAAGUGAUUUGGCAAAUUUAGUCGAUCGGUCUCGAUUUUUUCUACCUCCCUGCCGGUUUUUGUGUGCACCGCGGAACGUUCUUUCGAUGGCCCUAGUUUGUGACCUCAAAAUGUUGCUUGCCUGCCGUGGAGCCUUCGGUCAGAUCCGAAACAUUCACGUAGCUGCUGUCAACAAUGCAGCGGCCGCAAAGGUUAAAAAAUUCCAAAUCUACCGCUGGAAUCCGGACAAGCCGGAUCAGAAGCCUUAUAACCAGACAUACGACGUUGAUUUGAGCACCUGUGGUCCGAUGGUGCUGGAUGCGCUGAUUAAGAUUAAGAAUGAAAUGGACCCAACGCUGACGUUCCGUCGCUCCUGUCGCGAGGGCAUUUGCGGCUCGUGCGCCAUGAACAUUGGUGGUACGAACACUUUGGCCUGCAUCUGCAAGAUCGACAACGAAAAUCUUAGCAAGCCAACCAAGAUCUAUCCGUUGCCGCAUAUGUAUGUGGUGAAGGAUCUGGUGCCGGAUAUGAACAACUUUUACAAUCAGUAUCGUGCGAUCCAGCCAUGGCUGCAGCGCAAGAACGAAUCAACGGAAAAGAAGGGCGACGCACAGUACCUCCAGUCGGUGGACGAUCGCGCCAAGCUGGACGGUCUGUACGAGUGCAUCCUGUGCGCUUGCUGUUCGACGUCCUGCCCAUCGUACUGGUGGAACGGUGACAAAUACCUCGGACCGGCGGUGCUGAUGCAGGCCUACCGUUGGAUCAUCGAUUCGCGCGAUGAAUCGACCACCGAGCGGUUGAACAAACUAAAGGAUCCCUUCAGCGUCUAUCGGUGCCACACGAUUAUGAACUGCACCCGAACCUGUCCGAAGGGUCUGAACCCGGGCAAGGCGAUCGCCGAGAUCAAGAAGCUGCUGUCCGGUAUCGCCAAGAAGAACGCACCCGGCAUGGAAACCGCUGCGCUGCAUAGCAAGUAGGAACGCCCAGGAAGGAGGAAGAAGGUGAAACAGAGUUAAAAAAAAAGUAUUGUGAGUAUGAUAUGCAUCAGUCAUCACACAUCGCGCAGGAUUUUUGUUUUUCGGCUGUCGGGUGUUGCCGUCGGCACUACGAUCACGACCCAGGGGUAAUUACGUACGUACGUACUUGUUUGUGUUCUAGUUUUUGAUGGUGACUCUAGAAAAAAAAUUAUCGAAAUAAUAUUUAUGUUUAAUCUGCUGCUACGCCCAGUAUCUACUAUCUAAUAAAGAGUGCUUUCAGCGGACAACAACCGUUUGUCUGCUGA